CCAACAUAGGCAGGUUGUUUAAUCAGUGGACUGUCAUAUUUGUUUUCAAAUGUGCGAAUCAGGAAGCAACAGAACAUGACAGGAUUUAUUAAGUAUUUUGGCCUGGGUGCCAUACUUUCUGCAGUACAAGUUACGGGGAUAGAUUUCACUAUUUCAAGGGAUAAAGUUGUGGUUGGAAGUACUGGAACGUUAACAAUGAGAUGUGAUGUCACUGAAAACGAUGUUGGCACCAUUUACAUUAUUCAGAUACGACGAGAAAUUACGCUGGGAUCAAAUAGUUUUGAACCAUUAGUGCAAAUGGAACUGGGAGAUGCAACAACCGAAACUCCUACAUUACAAGUAACAAACAACAAAGAUUUCGUUGCUGGAGGCACUUUUGAUGGCAGUAACACAGACCUGUCUGUGAGCAUGAAUAUAUCUAAGUUGCAGUGCAACGAUUCCAGGGCUUACAAAUGUGUUUUGUCAUAUAAAAGUUCCACAACAGAUUCUAUAGUGUCAGUGACAAAGAAUGGUACUUUUUCAGCCUAUGUUUACCCUCAAAUGAUGCAAUUAGAAGGGAGGAAGAAUGACGUUAUAGUACACCAGAGAUCGUCGUCUACAGAUCAAGCACCAUUUAAUGUCGGUGAUGUUUUGGAACUUUCUUGCACCGCUAAUAUUGGAAGUUUACCAGCAACUACAAUCAGAUGGCGAAAGACUUCUGAAAUGGGAACAACGGAUGAGUUUAUAGGGUAUCAACCACCAGCAGGAUCAUUUGAUGAAGGCAUUGCAAUAAGUGACAAUCAGUGUGGUUUUACCCGAGUAGCAACAAUUACAUAUAACACUACAGCUUGUGAUGCAAUCAGGGAUAACAACCUAGCAUUUGAGUGCUAUGUUUCUGUUAGUGGAAUUCCUUAUGGAACAACUUAUACAACACAGGACAAUUCUCGAUUUUAUGUGGAUGUCAGGGACGAGGGAAUAUCUGACGACAAGGGAAUAUCUGAAAACAAAGUGACUAAACGGGAUUUAACAGCAGGAGCAAUUAGUGGUGUGAUUGUUGCUGUGGUCAUUCUAGGAGUCGGCAUUAUUGUUGUCAUUGUACGAAGACAGUUAACCACAAACGAAGCACCCAGAACUAGAUUUCAAGCGGAAAAUAGUUCCAAUGGGAACAACCAAAUCCAGUCACGAACUCAACCAGAAAUGGGAAUGAGUGGUCAGUCUUCCAUGCCAGGCAUGUAUGAACAUCUGCAAAAUACCGUAGAAAUGAAAAAUAAGUAUGUGUAUGAUUCCCUGAAAGCUAACUCCGAAGGCUCAACCGACAGGGCCCAGUACGAAAAGCUCCAACAGGCAGUUUGUACACCUCCUACUUACACUUCACUUCUAUCAGCAGCAACACUGAAUAACAACAGUGAUCGGGCUUACGCAAAUUUUCGAGUGGAAAAGAGUACUGACGAAGAACAAGUCUUUCAGGAGAACGAAACUGGAUAGAUUUUGUUAUAUCAUUGAAACUUUUCACUCGUGUUUUCGUUUCUUCGAAUUUAUAUCUACUAUUUAUAUCUACAAAAUGUUUGUAAUUACUGAACAUAUUCACUACGGCAAAUGUUUAGGGAAAUCCUAAGUUUAAAUGAUUUUUCUCUACAUUUCUUAAGUGUAACCAUGCUAUGCUGAAUACCAAAAUUAAGAAAAACAAUUGAGAAUUGUCAUAAUACUAUUAUCAUACGAUUAUAUUUUUCAUGUUUUUAGAUGAUAUUAUAUGUAAGACUCUGUUGUUGUCUUCAGAUACAAUAUAGAUUCAACUAAUUCGCCAAUACUUUAAGGAACCAUCUGUGUGUACAAUAUGGAGUUCAAUGAAGUUAAUAAUUGCUUGAAAUUGCAGAAAAAGUCAAUUUCAAUUCAGGGUAGCAUUUAUUUCCCUGCUGAAUUGAAAUCUUUAUAAUUCAAGAAUAGGUCUAUUUAUUAGGAAGAGUUGAUGUACAGACCACUCUUAAAAAAUCGGUAAUCAUGAAUAAAGGAAUUAAAUCACAUCAAAUAAGUCAUCAAGUUGCAAAUCUUCACGUAUUAUAAGAACUGUAUACUUUGCUCCCUCCAUUAAAGGCUAGAUUGCCUCAAGUUUUCAACUAACAAACCAGAUAACUUCAUACUACCAAUUCAUGUAUAAAUUGGUUGACAGUUUAUUAUCUAUUCACACACAUAUACAGAGAAAUACGCCUAAAUGUAUGCUACGAACUAUAUCCGAUGCUCCCUACAUUAAAGGUUGGACUACUUCAAGUUUUCUACUAACAAACCAGAGAUGUUCAUUUUACAAAUUCAUUUAUUAAGUGGUAGAGUACCAAUUGUUCGUUGACACUAACUCAAGAAGAUUUGUUUCAUGGAAAACAUCCAUGUGACUAAUGUUACAAUUUUCAUUACAGAUUCCUCUCGAACCUUGAAUAAUCGAAUUAUCAUCACACACUCAAAAUUAAUGUAUAAAUCAUUUUGUCUCAUAUUUCUGUAAAGAAAGGCAUACAUAAUUUAUAUUAUCUAAAUGGUAUACUGUCCAUUGAUGUUGUACAUAUGAAGAGAUAUAAAUAAAACUAUUUAACCUGA